AUGGCACCUGCGACCCCUCCAAGAUCAAGAAACAGACGCGGUAAGGCUGUAUGUCCGUCAUCGCCGCGGCUUUUGACGCGGCCUGCUGUACCCGUGACGCCGGGCAGCGUGAGUGGGAAGCGGCACACAGGCCAGCUGCAAAAGCUGCGCUCACCGCUGAAUAGAUCGCCAGCAAGAGGCCUGCGAACGCCCGAGUACACGCCUGCGAGGCCCGCGGGCGUAGACGCCAGCGCCCAGGCGCGAAGAAAGCUUGAGUUUCCAGACGAUCAGCAAGAACUCGCAGGUGUAGGCCGUGUGCUGUUCCCAGGGCCCAGCUCCGAUGCUAGUACGUUCGAGAGCCGCCUUCUAAGCCCGCCAGCGCCCGGACGCCUGCUUCGGGAUGCACCUGCGCUACUGCCGCCUGCCCCAGCUAGCAAAGCUUUCGCGGCCAUACUUGACGAGCAGUUUUUCGAAGAUGACCCUCUGCAGGACCGUGAGUGCUCUCCAACGCCGCGCGGCUGGGAAACUCCUCCACGCGCAACCGAGGUCCCGCCGGAGCAGGCUCCAUCUACACCAAGCGAUAAAAUCGUUACUUUUGACCUCGCCAAAGACUGGAAUAAUAACUCUAGCCGGUGUUUCUCCUCUGACGAGGAGCCUGACGAAAUUAGUAUACGGGGCAAGGUUCUGGAGAAUCCGUUCGCCGAUCACAUUGUUGCUGACGAAGAGACCAGGAGGCGUCGCCAAGAGCUUCUCCUGGCUGAGGAGCCAGCCUUACAAGAUACUGUAUCCUAUAUCGACAAAAAAGGUGAAACUUCUAAGAAAAGGCAUUUGAAUGCAGAAGAGCAGGAGCGGUUUCGACCCAGGAUGUUGUUCGAGCAGCAUUUUCGGAAAAAGGGUUCUCAGGAAUGA